ACGUUUCCAAGAUGGCCCGCGAGUUUCGCACGUAGCGGUAUGAUAACAACAAUGCACCGCUCAUGUAUGUCCGCAUCCAGGUUGGGCAAGCGUCCUGCAGGGCUUUGCUGGAUAGCGGCGCGACUCGCAACUUCAUGAGCCAGUCUUUUAUGCAAAGAGCUGGCCUUGGCGCACAAGUUCGGAGAAAGGCAAACCCGACGCCGAUCAAGUUGGCGGAUGGAAAGACGCAGCAACUACUCGACCGUUACAUCGAGGCCGUACCGGUCUACUUCGCACCUCAUGCAUGCGAACCGGUGACGUUCGAUAUUCUCGACACGGACUUCGACAUCAUUCUCGGAAUGCCUUGGCUUGCAAGUGCGGAUCACACGGUCAACUUCCAUCGGCGGACUCUUAGCGUUCGCGACGCCUUCGGUGCGGAAGUGGUGUGUACGAUUCCUCUACCGCACUCUUCGAUCCGGUGCCAAGUGGUGACGGCCAAAUCAUUCCGGGCAACUUGUGCUUACGAGCAACCCGAGGAAAUCGGCAUAUGUUUCCUACGGACCGUCGCGGUAGCCGACUCUUCACCCACGGGCUUGUCUUCGGACCCCCGUGUGGUACGGUUGCUGGACGAGUUCGCCGACAUCUUCGAGUCACCUACCGGUGUGGUGCCGGGUCGGCCGAUCUCUCACGAGAUCAUUCUUGAGGCCGGUGUCGUGCCGCCGAAAGGUUGCAUCUAUCGGAUGAGCGAGGAGGAGCUUGAGAAACCUGCAACCGCCCCGAUCCCAGUCCUGACAGUUGGAGAGGAAGGCAAGGUGCGGAAAGGCUCUGUUGAGGAGGUGGCAUCACCUGCUGGAAUGGCCGAGCAUGAUGCACAAAACUUGGAUUUGAGGGUCGUUGAUGUUGGUGUAAGGGAAAAGAGCGGUCAGCAGGGCACAUUCAAUGAAUCCGCACAGCGAAGAAGUGCUAAGGGAGGGGAUGUGGUUGAGAAGGUGAAGGGCGAGGAAUGUGCCACUAAGGCUCUUUCGGUCAUAGUGGAGAAGGAGAGGAUCCUCAAUGAUGGAGUUUUUAAACGGCAACCUGCUCCGGCAGAGGCUGACCAGAUGGAAGCUGUGACAAACCACAAGGGAGUAUGCAUGCAGGAGACACAUACGCUGAUGGAGAGCACAAGUACUGAAUCAGAUUCAGUCAGAUUGAUGGUGAAAGACAGUGCAGAGCAGAUGUAUCGUGCUGGUGAUCUGCAACAGCCAAUUGAACGAGGCCACUCUGAAACUGGCUCCUAUUCUGAGGUGCCCGGUGAGGAAGUGGGCAGUGAGGAGGACAGUGGCCAUAGCUGGCCAGUGAGGAAGACCCCAGCGGACAUAGCUAGAGUGAGGAGGACGACCGCGGUCAUAGUCGCCCAGGUGCUAGUACAGACGGAGUAUAGACAAUGUGUGUGUCUAUAUAGCGUGGACAUUCAGGGUGAUCCUCGUACGUGCGUGCAUGAGGGAGAGUGAGGCUGGUGGUUGAGACAGUGUUCAGCGGCCAUAGCCGCAGGUUGUACAGUUGUAUUGAACAUAGUUUAAGUGCAAGUUCGUUGUUGAUUCUGAGUUGACGAGUUUGGUUUUGCCAUCAGUUCUUGUGUGUGCAUGCGGAAAGCAAGUCUGAAAUCGGGUCUGACUGCACCUGGAUCGCAUACAGUUGCAGACUUCCACUUGGUCCGAAUACUGUCUUGGUGCCUGCAUACAAACAAGUGUGUGUGUCUGACCGGCGGCCUGGGCUGGGUCCAUGCAAACUUUGACUCUUGGUGUUGCAUACCAUAAAGGUGCAUACCAGAACAAGAACCGACCUCUCUCACAUAAUACAAGUUAGCGCAGCGGAGGGCUAAUCAAUGUCAGCCCAAUCA